CGGUUAUCUCCAAUAUUUCUCCCUUCCAAUCCAAUUUUUUGUUUAAUUCAAAAUGGUUUGUUCACUCGACGUAGCAAAUCUAGGGCUUCGAUUCAAUCCUUUCCCUCAUACCGAUACUACUUUUAUCAAUCAAAGAAGGAUUCGACCUCGCUCUGUAAUCGCAUUUCCCACAUCCGAUUGUCUGAAGCAUCGUCUUCUCCGAAGUAUCUCGUGUUCUACAGUCGACGAACAACAGAUUCAGCAAGCGUUUAGUGAUGCUGAGAACUCACUCAUCAGUAGUCUCAUUGGCAUCCAAGGACGUGGUCGCUCUGCUUCUCCUCAGCAACUCAAAGAAGUCGAACAAGCCGUGACAGUUCUAGAAGCUACUAAAGGUGUCCCUGAUCCUACCAGUUCGAGUCUAAUCGAGGGCCGAUGGCAAUUGAUUUUCACAACAAGACCUGGAACAGCUUCCCCGAUCCAGAGAACAUUCGUCGGAGUCGACUUGUUCAGUGUAUUCCAAGAAAUUUACCUUCAAACAAACGAUCCACGAGUCUCCAAUAUCGUCAAAUUCUCCGAUUCAAUAGGUGAACUUAAAGUCGAGGCUGCCGCUGCAAUCAACGAUGGAAAAAGGAUUCUUUUCCGUUUCGAUAAAGCAGCAUUCUCAUUCAAGUUUCUUCCCUUCAAAGUUCCAUAUCCGGUGCCUUUUAAACUCCUCGGAGACGAAGCAAAAGGUUGGUUAGACACAACAUACUUGUCGGAAUCCGGAAACCUUCGUAUCUCAAGAGGAAAUAAGGGGACGACGUUUGUUCUUCAGAAGCAAACGGAACCCCGGCAAAGAUUGAUUUCUGCAAUUUCCACCGGUCGUUCAGUGAUUCAGGCGAUUGACGAGUUUAUGUCAUUAAAUCAAACGAAGGGUGAACAACAACUCAUUGAAGGCGAAUGGCAAAUGAUUUGGAGUUCACAGAUGGAAACGGAUAGUUGGAUAGAGAAUGCAGCUAAUGGUCUUAUGGGUUCACAGAUUGUUAAAGAAAAUGGGAGACUCAAGUUUCUUGUUGACAUAUCGUUUGGGGUCAAAUUCUCCAUGAAUGGAACAUUUGAAAAAUGUGACACAAAUGUAUAUGAUGUGAUGAUGGAUGAUGGUGCAAUAGUAAUUGGACCAUAUGGGCUUCCAGUUGAGCUAGUAACCAAAUUUAAAUUGGAAGUCUUGUAUUCGGAUGACAAAAUCAGGAUAAGCCGGGGAUACAGCAAGAUUCUCUUUGUCCACAUCCGUGUUGGAAGUUGAUGAAAUACGGAAUUUGCAUUUUUAUAAAAAGUUACACAAGUCAUGUCUGAGUUUGGCUUAUGCGGGUUAGGGUUGAGCAAGACACACAAAUAUUUAUAUAAGUCGUGUUCAGAUUGGACUUUUUGAUCUACCAUCCAAAACACCAACACGAUUGUCACUCC